UUGUGGUUGAUACCCGCCAUCUUGGGAUCUGGUGUUCUCUGGCCAAAAGGAGAUCGCUACUUCGCCUCCCGUGUCUCCCGGUGACCUGCAGGGGUGGAAGAUCGCUGGGAGGGCGCCGAAACCCCGGAAACCGGAAAUGGGGCUGGUGUCUUUUGAGGAUGUGUCCGUGGACUUCACAUGGGAGGAGUGGAAGGAACUCAGUGAUGCCCAGAGGAACCUCUACAGAGAAGUGAUGCUGGAGACCUACAAUAAUCUGCUGGCCUUGGGACACUGCAGUACCAAACCUGAUGUGAUCUUCAAGUUGGAACAAGGAUCUGGGCCAUGCAUAGUAGAAGAAGCCCCAAGCCAGAGCUUCCCAGAUGUCCAGAAAGUAAAUGGUCUUAUUCAGACAAACCAGGAAAAUCAAGAGGAACAUUUUUGGCAAGUUGUAACCACAUCAGCUGAGGACAAAGUUGAAUUGGGAAAACCAUUUAAUGUGAACUCAAACCAUAUUUCAGUUCUGAAUAUAAAGAAUGGAAACUAUUCAGAAGUGAAGCCUGUGGAACUUAACAUAUGGCAGAAUGUGCUUCUCCCUGGUGAUUCACAUGAGGUGCGAACUAGAGAGGAGUCUGUUGAUCUUAAUGUAACUGGAAAAUCCUUAAGACAUCCUGAACAUCUUAAUCUGCAUAACAAAGUUCAAGGUAUACAAAAGCAUUUUCAUUAUUGUGGACAAGAGAACGCCUACAACAUGAAAGCAUUGUUGGCACAUAAAAAGAUUCACGUGGGAGAGACUUCCAGUAAGUUCAGUGAAUAUGAGAAAGACUUUGAUAUGUUAGCAUUUAUUUCCCAAGAGAUGACCCAAGUGAGGGAGAAAUCAGUUGAAUAUAAUGUCUGUCAUAAAGCACUAUGUAAAAAGGCUGCACUCAUUAACCAUGUAAAAAUACACAAAGGACAGAAAUAUUAUGAAAAUAGUGAUUUAGGAGAACCUUUCAUUAGCAGAUUAUAUGUUACAAAACAUCACAGAACACAUGCAGGGGAAGAGCCCUAUAGAUGUAAUGAAUGUGAGAAAUUCUUCUGUCAAAAGACAGAACUAAAUAUGCAUCAGAGAAUCCACAGAGAAGCAAAAUUAUAUGAAGAUUAUGAAUGUGGGAAAAACUUUAACCAGAAGCAAAACCUCAGCAGAUGUCUGAAAACUCACACAGGUGAGAAGCCAUAUGGAUGUAAUAUGUGUGAAAAAGCCUUUUACCGGAAGUCACACCUCAAUAGACACCAGAGAAUUCACACUGGUGAAAAACCUUAUGAUUGUAAAGAAUGUAGGAAAACUUUCUACCAUAAAUCAUCCCUCAUUAUACAUCAGAGAACUCACACAGGUGAGAAGCCUUAUGACUGUACAAAAUGUGGGAAAGCUUUCUACUGUAAAUCAGACCUUACAAUACAUCAGAGAACUCACACAGGUGAGAAACCAUAUGAAUGUGAAGAAUGUAGGAAAACUUUCUACUCUAAGUCACACCUUACAAUACAUCAGAGAACUCACACAGGUGAGAAACCAUAUGAAUGUGAAGAAUGUAGGAAAACUUUCUACUCUAAGUCACACCUUACAAUACAUCAGGGCAUUCAUACAGGUGGCAAACCAUAUGUAUGUGAACAGUGCAGAAAAACUUUCAAUCGUAAAUCUAAUCUCACUGUACAUAAGAGAACUCAUACAGGUGAAAAACCCUAUGGAUGUAAUGUGUGUGGAAAGUCGUUUUAUCGGAAGUCACACCUCAGUACACACCAGGGAACACACAGAGGUGAGAAACCAUAUGAAUGUAAAGAGUGUAACAAAACAUUCAAUCAUAAGACGGCACUCACUGUACAUCAGGGAACUCACACAGGAAAUAAACCGUAUGCAUGUGAAGAAUGUAAGAAAACUUUCCUCCAUAAGUCAUCUCUCACUGUGCAUCAGAGAAGUCACACAGGUAACAAACCUUAUUCAUGUGAAGAAUGCAGGAAAGCUUUCUACUGUAAGUCACAUCUCACUGUGCACCAAAGAACUCAUACAGGUGAAAAGCCCUAUGAGUGCCAAGAAUGUGAGAAAUCCUUUCACCAGAAGUCAUACCUCAGCAGGCAUCAGUUAACACAUGAAACUGAGAAACGAUUUGAAUGUAAACAGUGUGGGAAAACUUUCUACCAUAAGGCAUCCCUCAUUAUACAUCAGAGAACUCACACAGGUGAGAAACCAUAUGAAUGUCAGCAAUGUGAAAAAUCAUUUCACAAGAAGUCAAACCUCACCAGGCAUCAGAUAACUCAUGAAAAUGAGAAACAGUUAGAAUGUGAAAAAUGUAAGAAAACUUUCUCCCAUAAAUCAUCCUUCAUUAUACAUCAGAGGACACACAGGGAAGAAAUUAUGUAAAUAAACUAAAUGUAAAAAAUUUAUCAGAAGCCAGCCUGACAGGACAUCAGAGAAUUUGCACAGAGAAGACAACCUAAAAUAAAAGUUUUUGUGAAAAGGCACACAUUAACAGACAUGAAGGAGCUCACACACAGUAGUCCUCUCCAGCAGAGACUGGCUAUAUGUUUUCCAAGAGUAUUGUUUUCAGUAGGAUAUGUAGCUUGCCUUUUUCAGCCACUGAUAGUAUGUUUUGGACCAUAUACUGGAACUGUACAGCAGCAUGUGGAUAUUUCAAGCCUAGACCCGCCCCCCAAAUCUGUUACGUUCUUUCUAAGUUCUUCUUUCUGAGUUCUUAUGCACUUGGACCUGUAGCAAACCUGGCACCAGCAGACUGGUCUUGGGAGCCAUGGGUCACUGUGUUUAAGAGAAACAUAAUCUGAAAGAGCAGAGCUCUUCCCACCUUUAUCUCCAAAUAUUCCAUGUUUAAUUUACAUGAGUGAGAAAUACUCUGUUGAACCAUUGUGUUUUGUUUGCAUUAUAGUGCAAACCCACUAUAGCUAAUUCAUUUUAUAAGCUUUCUGAGAGAUGUUAUGUGUCUUUUGAUAUUGCAGAAUUUACACACAAGAGAAACCUCUGCCAACACCUGUUAUUUUCAUGUCAAUUUAUGGAAAACAAAAGCAUUUAUUGAGAAAUUGUAGCACAUGGUGAAUAGUAAGCAGGAAAAUUUCAUUGAUUACUUUGAAUAAGGCAGAUAUUCACAAAUUUGUUUCAUGUAUGAAAGCUCCUGACAAGCCUUCCAAAUUUUAUGUAUCAGAAAUUAAUCAUAAAGGAGGAAAACAGUUUAUGUAAUGUAAAUGUUUUUCAAAUGGAAAUGUUAAAUAUAGUAUUGGGAAUCAUUUAAAAAUAUUUCACUGUAUAUGAGUAUAUAUAACUAUGAAUGGUAGUAUUUUCUGUUAAGAGUAUAUUGGGUAUUUGUGAUUGCUGAAGUUGGAUUUUGGGCAUUGCUGUCGGCAUUUAGUGGAGGCCAGACAUGCUGUUUACCAGCCUACAGUGCACAAAAUAUCCCAUAAUAGUAUUUUGUAUUAACAUACUUUCUGUGCCAAGCAUAUAUAUAGUUUUUGUAAUAUAAUGAUUGGGGCUGGGAAUUUACUUCAUUGGUGGGGUAUAUGCUUACAAUGCAUGAGGUCCUGUUUUCAAUUCUCAGCAUAAAUACGUCAAGUAUUUUGACAUAUGUUAAAAUUUUCUGCAUUAAGUGCCAUUGGAGGCCAUUUAUAUUUUAUUUUAUAUUGUCUCUGGUAUUAUACUAUUUCUUUUCAUUUCUCCUAAUGUUUAUAAAUGUAUGGACAUUAUAAAUAUCUUGUAACAGUUUUUUUCUAAUGUGUAAAGCUACCAAACAUU